GUGAUACAAUAAUCGCAUAUGCCCAGCAGGGGGCGACAGACAAAAGAGGAAAAAAGUUUCCUCUUUCUGAGAGCAAAAGCAUCAUAGGCCUAUUAUUAAAUGGGAAAUAUCCAGCAGAAAGUCUGGAUACACAAUCUUGUUCUCUAAACAUCGUCAGUAAAUGUAUUUAAAUUAACUUAAAGAAAAAGAGCACUAUUUUUCUGUAGUUUAAGUCCAGUAAUGUUGUUCUCUUGUUGAGGGAGGGACACUCAUAUUUCUGCAACUGUGUAAAAAAAAUAAAAAUAAGUGUUAACCAAACAAAGCCAAUAAAGCUAAAGUGCACGUGAUAAAACAGUCAGUCAUUUGGCUGCUGCUGAUCUGAUGAGCUUCAACACGAUAUAUUUGACGCUGAUGUCGGUCAGAAUGGCUCCUCGUCUUCCUCUGAUCUUUCUGCUCAUGAUUCACGGGGUUUCUAGUGCUGGUUGGGGUGUGAGUUACAGUCCUUCACACAUCUGUGCACUAAAGAACUCAUCAGUGAUAAUGAGCUGCACUUAUACAUACCCUACUGGAUAUAAGAUCAAGAAAGUGUUCUGGACCAAAAACCCUGUAAAGGGUAAAGAGACUCCAGAUCUGUCUGAGGAUCCUGAAUACAGUCAGAGGCUUCAGUAUCUGGAAGACAAACAGCAGAACUGCACCAUCAGACUGAGUCAUGUGACACAGAAGGACCAACACAUGUACUGUUUCAGAUUCAUCACUGAUAUAGAUAAAUGGACUGGUGCUCCAGGAGUGACUCUUGCUGUCACAGAUCUUCAGGUGGAGGCUCCUGAGAGAGUGACAGAGGGUCAUAAUGUCAGUCUGACAUGUAAAAGCAGCUGCAAUCUGACUGACAGAGCAACAUUCAUCUGGUACAGAAACUCACAGCCAUUAACUGAGAGAAGAGACAGAAACAAUCAACUCCUGCUGCAGUCAGUCAGAAGAGAGGAUGCAGGCAGAUACAACUGUGCUCUACAUGGACACAGUUACAUCUCUCCUGCUGCUCAUCUCAGUGUCACGUAUCCACCCAGCAGUGUCUCAGUGUCCAUCAGUCCAUCUGUAAUAGUGGAGGGAGAUUCAGUGACUCUGAGCUGCAGCAGUGAUCCAAACCCUCCUGCAGAAAUCAGCUGGUUUAAAGGAGGAACAUUUGUAGGAUCUGGAAGAAUGUACAGCAUCUCAAAGAUCAGCUCUGAUCACAGUGAAGAAUACAAGUGCAAGUCCAUCAAUGAACAUGGAGAGAAAUACUCUGAUGCUGUGACUUUAAACGUCAUGUAUCCACCCAGGAGCGUCUCAGUGUCCAUCAGUCCAUCUGUAAUAGUGGAGGGAGAUUCAGUGACUCUGAGCUGCAGCAGUGAUUCAAACCCUCCUGCUCUGAACUUCAGCUGGUUUAAAGGAGGAAUGAUUGUAGGAUCUGGAAGAAUCUACAACAUCUCAAAGAUCAGCUCUGAUCACAGUGAAGAAUACAAGUGCAGAUCCAUCAAUGAACAUGGACAGAAAGACUCUGCUGCUGUGACUUUAAACGUCAUGUAUCCUCCCAGGAAUGUUUCAGUGUCCAUAAAUGGAUCUGGUGAAAUAGUGGAGGGUCAUUCAGUGACAAUGAUCUGCAGCAGUGAUUCAAACCCUCCUGCUCUGAACUUCAGCUGGUUUAAAGGAGGAACGUUUGUAGGAUCUGGAAGAAUCUACAGCAUCUCAAACAUCAGCUCUGAUCACAGUGGAGAAUACAAGUGCAGAUCCAUCAAUAAACAUGGAGAGAAAUACUCUGAUGCUGUGGCUUUAAACGUCAUGUAUCCUCCAAAGAACGUCUCAGUGUCUAUAAAUGGAUCUGGUGUAAUAGUGGAGGGAGAUUCAGUGACUCUGAUCUGCAGCAGUGAUUCAAACCCUCCUGCUCUGAACUUCAGCUGGUUCAGCUGGUUCAGGGAGAAUCAAAGCUCAGCUGUUGGAUCUGGACAGAGUUUCAGCGCACUACAGAGUGGACGCUUCUACUGUGAGGCUCACAAUCAACAUGGAUCUCAGAGAUCAGACGCUGUUACUGUCACAGUUCAUCCUGGAGCUGAUAGGAACGUGAUUGUGAUCACAGCAACAUCUGGAGGAGUAUUCAUCAUCAUCAUCAUCAUCAUCAUCAUCAUCCUGUUUAUAAUGAGGAAAAGGAGUGUUAAAACUGAUCUCACAAUGAAACAGAAUGAUCUUUAUGCUGAUGUGUCACAGAGAGUUUCAGUUCAUGACGAGUCUCUUUCUGAACCUGAUCCAGUCAAUGAUGCUCUGUAUGCCAGUGUGAAACCCAGCAGAUUCAGAGGAGAAACUCCUGAAUCCAGAGAUACUGAGGAGAUCCAGUAUGCAACUGUCCAAUAUCACCGAAAGAAAGAGAGGAACAGACCGGAAGAAGAUGAAUGUCAGUAUGAUGAUAUAAGAGUUCAUCAGCCUGAUGCUGCCGAGAGGCAAUCAAAUGUUCAAAUUGUGGAAGAUGCAAUGGUUAUCUACAGCAGUGUCAAAUGAAUGAUACAGACCAGCGAACACAAAGCCUGUGCUCGACUGUUUAAUGAGAGAUUGUUGGAUAAUUGUACAGUUGUGGAAUAAUUUACUCAUCUGUUCAUGUUUUGUGUGUGUUUUAUAUAUGUAAGGAAUAAUUGACUCCGGGCCGUUGAAUU